UAGAAUCGAAUAUAAAAAAGGGGAAUACUGAAGAAACAAAAGUUUAACAUUGGCGUCUCUGCUUUUUCCCACACUCUCCCUGCUAGGGUUUCAGAGUCGCCGCGCGCUACUCAGUUUCAAUUCUCCGAACUUUUCUCCGGCAAUCUCCGAUCAACGAGACUACUCCCGUUCAGAUGGCUAUGGAAGUUACACAGAUCCUCUUAAAUGCUCAAGCAGUGGAUGCUUCUUUAAGGAAGCAAGCUGAAGAUAACUUGAAACAGUUCCAGGAGCAGAAUCUUCCAAGUUUCUUAUUUUCUCUUGCUGGAGAAUUGGCAAAUGAUGAGAAGCCGUCUGAGAGUAGGAGGCUAGCUGGUUUAAUUCUCAAGAAUGCUUUGGAUUCCAAAGAACAACACAAAAAGAUUGAAUUUGUUCAGAGAUGGCUGGCUAUGGAUCCAACUUUCAAAGCACAAGUCAAAGCAUUUUUAUUGAGGACCCUAUCUUCUCCUUCUCCAGAUGCUCGAUCAACUGCAUCUCAAGUUAUAGCAAAAGUUGCUGGCAUUGAAUUACCCCACAAGCAAUGGCCUGAGUUGAUAGGAUCCCUCUUGUCAAAUGCUCAUCAGCUUCCUGCUCCUACUAGGCAGGCAACUCUCGAGACCCUUGGAUACAUUUGUGAAGAAGUAUCCCCAGAUGUGGUAGAGCAGGAUCAUGUAAAUAAGAUACUCACUGCAGUUGUUCAGGGAAUGAACUCUACAGAAGAAAACAAUGACGUUAGGCUUGCUGCUAUACAGGCAUUGUACAACGCAUUGGGUUUUGCUCAGGCAAAUUUUUCCAAUGAUAUGGAGCGCGAUUACAUAAUGAGAAUUGUUUGUGAAGCCACUCUCUCCCCUGAAAUAAAGAUCCGACGUGCUGCUUUUGAAUGCUUGGUUGCUAUUUCUUCUACAUAUUAUGAAAAGUUGGCUCCUUAUAUCCAAGAUAUCUUCACAAUCACUGCCAAAGCUGUUAAGGAAGAUGAAGAGCCUGUUGCACUUCAGGCAAUUGAGUUUUGGAGUUCAAUUUGUGAUGAAGAAAUAGAUAUUUUAGAAGAAUAUGGAGGUGAAUUUAGCGGUGAUUCAGAUGUUCCGUGCUCUUAUUUUAUAAAACAGGCUCUUCCAUUUCUUAUUCCCAUGUUAUUGGAAACACUUCUAAAACAAGAGGAAGAUCAAGAUCAAGAUGAAGGAGCUUGGAACAUUGCCAUGGCUGGUGGUACAUGCUUGGGAUUGGUUGCACGGACAGUUGGUGAUGAUAUUGUGCCUCUGGUUAUGCCAUUUAUUGAAGAGAAUAUAACUAAACCGGACUGGAGGCAAAGGGAAGCUGCAACUUAUGCAUUUGGUUCCAUUCUAGAAGGUCCUUCCCCUGAGAAGCUUGUGCCGCUUGUGAAUAUGGCUCUGAGCUUCAUGCUCAAUGCACUGACAAAGGACCCAAACAAUCAUGUGAAGGACACCACUGCAUGGACUCUUGGGCGAAUGUUUGAAUUUUUGCAUGGGUCAGCUUUGGAUACUCCCAUCAUCAAUAAGGGAAACUGCCAACAAAUUAUUACUGUCCUCCUUCACAGCAUGAAAGAUGUUCCAAAUGUUGCUGAGAAGGCCUGUGGUGCUCUUUAUUUCCUUGCUCAAGGUUAUGAGGAUGCUGGAUCUGCAUCCUCUCCAUUGACCCCCUUCUUUCAGGAAAUUGUCCAGGCUCUUCUCACUGUUACACACAGAGAGGACACUGGAGAGUCCCGCCUCAGAACAGCAGCAUAUGAAGCUCUGAAUGAAGUAGUGAGGUGUUCUAAUGAUGAUACAGCUCCAAUGGUCGCCCAACUGGUUACUGUCAUCAUGAUGGAGCUUCACCAGACUCUUGAGAAUCAGAAGGUCUCAUCUGAUGAUAGGCAGAAUGAAUUACAAGGCCUUCUAUGUGGUUGUUUGCAAGUAAUCAUACAGAAGUUAGGUGCGUCUGAUCCAACAAAGCAUCAUUUAAUGCAGUAUGCUGACCAAAUUAUGGGUUUGUUCUUGAGAGUAUUUGCUUCUCGUAGUGCAACGGCGCAUGAAGAGGCAAUGCUUGCCAUUGGUGCUUUGGCUUAUGCAACCGGCACUGAGUUUGUUAAAUACAUGCAAGAAUUUUACAGGUAUUUGGAGUUGGGUCUUCAAAAUUUUGAGGACUACCAGGUUUGUGCCAUCACAGUGGGUGUGGUAGGUGAUGUAAGCAGGGCUUUGGAGGAGAAGAUACUGCCUUAUUGUGAUGGGAUAAUGACCCAACUUCUCAAGGAUUUGUCCAGUAAUCAGUUGCAUAGGUCUGUAAAGCCUCCAAUUUUUUCAUGUUUUGGCGACAUUGCUUUGGCAAUUGGUGAAAACUUUGAAAAGUAUUUGUUAUAUGCUAUGCCUAUGCUCCAGAGUGCUGCUGAGCUCUCUGCUCAUACCGGUGGGGCAGAUGAUGAUAUGACUGAGUACACAAACACUUUAAGAAAUGGAAUUCUUGAGGCAUACUCUGGGAUCUUCCAAGGAUUCAAAGGUUCCCCGAAGACACAGCUUCUGAUGCCUUAUGCUCCUCAUGUAUUGCAAUUCCUGGACAGUUUGUACUUGGAGAAGGACAUGGAUGAUGUUGUGACCAAGACAGCAAUUGGUGUGCUUGGAGAUUUAGCUGAUACUUUAGGUGGAGCUGCUGGUCCUUUGAUUCAGCAAUCUGUAUCUAGCAAAGACUUUCUGAAAGAGUGCUUAUCAUCUGAUGAUCACUUGAUCAAGGAAUCUGCGGAAUGGGCCAAGUUGACACUCAGCCGAGCAAUAUCGUUACCAUCAUAUUGAGGCUCCUUGCUGUUUCAUGGGUCCUACUUCUUCCAUACAUGUUCAUCGCUGCGUUGGGGUCUCAAUUGCAUACCAUGAGUCGGGUCAUCACCAUUUUUGGGCAUAGGUGUUUCGGUCAGUUGGCUGUCUGCAUUUUGUCAGAACAUGGAGUCUACUUUUUUUCAUUUUAUUUUUUUGAAUUUAUUAUUAUGCAUUGCUAUGGAGGAAGUUGGUGGGUGAUGAUCCAUCUUUCUGCUAACUUGGCAGAAAAGAUGUGGUUUUUUGCAUACAGAAAGAGAAACUGGGUGGAAAGGAGGGCAAGAAGAAAAGGAUAUAUCCCCAUGAAAUGCCAAUACAGACAUCAGUAUUGAGCUUGCAUGUGUUAUUAUUUGAAAUGUUUGGAGUCUAUGGUGGUCCUGAAAUGAACAACAUUGUCUUUUUUUUUUUUUUACUUUUACUAUUGGUUGUAGAGUGAAAUUAUCAUCUUAGUCCUUCCUGUGGUUUAAACACAGGUAAUGAAACAUAUUUAGCUCGUUCUCUUGAAAUUGUUCAAAUAAUUUUGUUUCUCA